AUGGCCAUGAACGAUGAAGAAAUCACGGACGAAGUUUUGGUGAAAGAGCUCGAAAGGAUACGUGCUAUCAGAGCCAUGAGCACCGACAGCUCAAGUAACAGAACCAGUUCAGCUUGUCUGGAUGCAGUUUCUACCGCGGAAGUACCCGAUACCCAAGACCUUGACGAUGUCUGGGACCUCGACGAUGAAGAGCCAGAACUCGACUUGGAGCUCGACCUCAAUACUUCAAAUGGACAACGUUCUCGCUUUUUCAACGACGCUGGGCCUGCGAUGUGCGACAGCCCAAUGUCCGAGAGCUGUGGGGAAGGGUGGGGUCCACCAUCGUCAACACAUUCCCCCGCUCUUCAACCUCUCCCACAUCCCUCCAAUCGGCCUUCUUCUCCUACGACCUCCCCACCGUCCCCGGUCCCAUCCAGGCCCUCUCUCCCACGGCCCCUGUCUGACAUCCAACCCUCUACGUCGUCCAUGUCUCGGAGUACAUUCAAGCGUCUGAGCAAAACCCGUACUACUGGUGGAGACGAAUCGACCUCUCGGAAACCUGUCAGCAGCUGGAAAGGCGGCUUUGAAAGUUCCCCUUCACAACCGGCAAAACCAUCACCUACCUCGAGUUCCUCUGAUUCAUCAAGUUCGUCAAGCUCAACAUCCUCAACGUCUUCUUCGUCCUCCUCCUCCUCUGCCACUUCCCCUGCAUCCUCCAUUUCUGGCUGUGCAUCAUCCCCGACUACCUCUACAUUCACUUCCACGACCACCACCCCUUCGGUCAGCAAGUCCACUACCCCGGCCACAGCAAGUCCUCCGACAAGUUUCCCUGGAUGUCCAGGUAAAGGUAAAGCUGCCUCCGCCCCCUCAUCCCGUUCCCACUCCUUCGCAGGUUCGGUCAACCUUGCACAGUUGUCCAGCAUGCACGGCAUCCCAAUGGCACUCGUGGAACGUUCAUCUUCGAUGCACUCCUCUCGCAAACCCGCCGUCAGAGAUCUUGCCAUUCUUCCUACCCAGCGCGUCAUGCGAUACGUAUUGCUCUUCCGAGAUCUGCUCGCAAGUACGGCAUCCAAUAGCCAGUAUCGCAUUAUCGUAGAAAGUGCCGCUCAGGCUGCCGACCGCAUAGCCAGAAAGUGUGAUCGUGCGCAGAACAACGCCGCGUUCAUCGUAUCGCCGUCCCCGUCUCACUCGAACAAGGAUCCCUUGUCAGCCUCAAAAUCAACCAAGUUCCAAAAAACGAAGGCGACUGAUGGACUCAAACCAUCUGUGAGCGCGAGGUUGAGGAAGGAAGGGGAAAAGGAGAAAGAGAAGGAACCAAAGGUCAAGGAGAAGGAUAAGCUUCAGACGGUGGCGAGGAAGCUGACGAAGCCCAGGGAGCGGGCAGUAUCCCAUUCUAGGCGACAGUCUGAGGCUCUCACCUCCGCCGCUGAUCCUUCGAAUGCCCAGUCUGAAGACCGGGAGGACCAGGAAGAGGACGACACGACACCGCGAAGACGCAGUUGCAGCUAUUCGACCACCUCUGAACUGGGGUACCAGCUCCCCAGAUCUUCUUCCAGCCAACGACUUUCCGUACUCGGACUGAGCGUCGCCACCAUAGGACACCUCCUGGGCCGAUCUCAAACUCCCGAACCUAAUACUCGGUCAGCCCAUCCACCUUCUGCGUUCACCGCGAAGAGUAUGGGAGGCAAGAUGUCGUCACCGCCGACGGUGGCGACCUUUGCUCAGGGCGCUUCAUAG